AUGAAGUAUGGGGAAGAAGAGCGAAAAGAAUUUGCUGAAUUCCAGCGGCAGAGAUCAACUCUCGUUGAGGCUUAUAUGAAAGAAGUCGUUCCUAACUUCAAUCCGACACCAGGGGCAAAAAGAGCAAUCUGCAUUGACACAGUCGUACCCCCAAAGAAACAAAAAGUAGACAACAAAGGUGACAAUGACCAGAAAAUUCCAGCUCCUGGUCCAGUACCAAGUCCUAAACCUGUGGAACAACCCCAACCCCAGCCUCAGCCACGACCAACUAAAUCUGAAAAUUCCAUCAAAGAUGUUCUUUCGUUAAAUGCCCCAGAGGAAGAAAGCUACGAAGUUCAGGAAUCCAAUGAAACACCUACAUAUAACCCGACUGACCAGAUGGAAGUUAAACUGAACAUACUUAAAGAGCAACAAGACGGUCAUGUAAUACUGAAUGUGGGGGGGAGAAAGUUUGAAACAAGUAGAAGAACACUAUCGAGCGACCCAUCAUCAUUACUUGCAGCAAUGACCAACCCAAAAUCACCAAUCAAGCCAUGCAAAGAGACCUAUUUUAUUGACAGGAAUCCCAGAUACUUUGAUUUCGUACUUGACUAUCUUAGAUACCCCGAAGCGUUUCCUAAUAUUCUACCAUCCGACUUUACGUUAUUGCGUCAACUUCAUGUUGAAGGAAAAUUCUAUGGUUUAUCUGGAUUAGUGCUAGCAAUCGAGAAAAAGGGACAGACACAGCCACUAUGGGAGGAAAAAUAA